AUGCGCAUAGCCAAGUGUAUAAGAGCGCUUCUGUCUGUCCGUUUCAGUAAUUCCGCUCUCCUUGCACUAGGGUUUCUGAGAACCACUAUAAAUCAGUGCAUUUUAGCCUCCGCACUUCCGCAGCAGGCAUCUGCUCUGCUUCCCUCGCUCGAGGAUACGCUCUCCUCUUUCAAUGUUCUCGGGCUUCAAACGCCUUGCGGGCAAUAUGAUCGUCUUAAUACUCUGCUGGAACCGCUCAGAACAAUUGCAAUGUUUAGUAGAUAUUGGCUAACACUCGUAGUAAAACAGGUUGCACGUAACUGCAGCCUGACUGGAGAUCUUGAGGCCAAGCGUUCUGCCCUGACAUGCUGCUACCUUUUUGAGGCAGGAAAAUGGGAAAAAUCUGAGAUUUGUAUCAGUUCUAAAAUGCAAAUACUGGUGUCUAUUUUGCAUUGCCCAUUAAUAUCUUUUUGAGCAUAGGGGAAGAAGGCAUAAUGACAUGACUGUGAUGACAAAAUCUAAGACAUUAAUGGGGAAGGGGGGAAGCGGUCCAUUCCUUUCCCCCAUCCUCGAAGCUAAAGAAUCUCUCAUAUAGACGGUUGGAGAAAAGAGAGGACGAACAGGGAGCACCCGCGACAAAGUGAAGCUGGAGUCAGGGGUCCUGGGGGUUUCAUUAAGGAAAAAAUAAAAAAUAGAGGAGAGACUUUGCUAAGUUGCAAGGUAAAAUUGUAAAACCUGUAAAAGUUUAAACCUUGAUCAAUUUGAAGAUAUGAUGAUGAGAUUAAGGUUCCAUCACUUCCAUGGUCAAGCAGUCAUCUUUUCCACUCUGGAUUCUCCAGUGCUCGUUUCUUCAAUUGAGGAAAAUCUUGUACCGUUCUUGAAUACGCAUAUUUGUUUUUGGCCAGUUAACAUGUGUUUAAUGUU